GAUAAGAAAGAGGGUAGUUAACUCCAUCGUCAACUCAAUUCCACGAUCUUGUUGAAGAAAAUCCACUUGGUCAGGGGCCAAACAAUGUCCUAUGGUUCCCACAAACCCCUUUUCUUCUCAACGGAUCUCAAACCCUGAAACCAUGUCACAGAGUAUCGAAAAUGAAGCUUUGUCGCCACUUGGCAGCGAUCUGAAGUGCGAUGGGUACGGCUUCUUCUUUGUCGUUUCAUCCGUCUUGUUCGUUCUGUAUCUUGCGCUGCACGCCAAGAAGAGCCUCAACAGCCUCUGUCGUCGAGGCUCCUAUGUUGUCGUUUCCUAUUACGCCGUCCUUUGGCUCGUCACGCUUUUAAACCUCGCAUGGUCUUCUCUUCAGGCAUGGCAGUGCUCUCAAGGAAAGGAGGUUGCAUGGAAUCUGCUGUCAUUAUUUACAGCAUCUGGUAUGCUGUGUCUAGAGAUAAGCUUGAUAGCUUUCUUACUGAACGAUAACUAUAUGAAUGGCAUGGAAGCUCUUGCACACUCUUUCAUUGCAUCAGGAAUUAUUGUCUGUAUGGAUACCCUUCUUAAGGCAAUAUAUGUUUUUGGAUUUGGGGUCCCAUUGUUCAAUCGACAUGUUGAAAGAGCCCAUACAAUCAAGUGGAGUUUAUGGAUAGUGCACAAGUUAUUGCUUGCUGCAGCUUAUGGUUUCAUUUUAUUUGCACAUUUCUCCAAAUGGAGAGAGAAGCUUCCACCAAGACCAGCUUUUUACAACUAUGUUGCUGUAAUGUUUGUACUUAGUGUGAUUAGCCUGUUUGCUUGUGGACUAGCAGGAAUUGGCAUUGGACUCGGCAAUUGGUUGUAUGAUCUCACUGUGCUUUGUUAUCACUCUUUGUAUCUUCCAUUUCUUUAUAUUACUUUUCUUGCAGAUUUCUUCCAGGAGGAGGAUUUCCUUCUAGAUACUGCAUAUUAUUCCGAAAUGAAAGAUGCUGGAUUCUUUGAUGCCGACUGAGAAUAAUUCUUCAGAACCGACAGGCAUAUUUUGUGUGUGCAUUAUUGUAAAUAUUGGACUCUGCUCCGUCAUAUGUUGUAUUGUAUGAUCCUCCUGCCUGUGAAAUGCUUUUAUAGGAACAGUGCUUUCAUAACUCAUCAUAUUAAUACUAACCAACAUACUAAGUAACGAGCUCGUUCAUGAAAACCAAAA